AUGUUUACCCUCAUCACCUUGUCCCCUGUUAUGGACCCUGACGUCGGAGUGAAACGAUCCAAAACAGCCUUAAAUCAUCGUCUCUCUGAGUUGAAGAUGUCGGUAGCCUCCAGGUUCGACCGGGUUCGAGAAUAUCCCAUUUACGAUGAGGUCCCGGCCGGCUCGGUGUACCGGGACUUCCCUCCCCCUCCAGCCCCGGUCUAUGGUCCACUGUCCUCUGGCCUGAGCCUGGCCUCUCUGCCCCCUCCUCCCCCCACAGUACAGCCAGCUGUGAGUCUGGACCCUCUGCCCCCCCCUCCUCUGCCACGCCAGGGGGCUGUGGGGCCUGUGGGGCCUGAGAGCUUCUAUCCCCCGAGUGACGAGGAGCGCGAGCCCGACCGCGACACAAUGGACAUCAAACCUGUUCGCCGCUUCAUCCCAGACUCUGUCAAGAACUUCUUCAGAGGCAGCGGGCGCAGCGGCAAAGCCUUAAGCCUCACCAAGUCUCAGAACGGUCACAGCACGGGCGGCGUACCCUGCUCACCUCCACACUCCGCCCCUCCCUCUCCCUCACUGCCGGGAUCGUGCCGCGACCCGUACGGCGGCUCAGGGGGCAGCUACUUGUCUCAGAAGGACGGACUGCUCUUAGGCUCAGAGGCCAUAGACUCUGUCUCUCAAGUUCCCACCAACUCGUCGGUACAGACGUACGCCGAGCGCGUGGAGGAGUACCACCUGCGCUACGCCUACAUGAAGUCGUGGGCGGGGCUUCUGCGCAUCCUGGGCUGCGUGGAGCUGCUGCUGGGUGCGGCCGUGUUUGCCUGCGUCUGCGCAUACGUGCACAAAGACAACGAGUGGUUCAACAUGUACGGCUACUCCACACCACAGAUGUACGGCGGGCUGGGGGGCGGGGCUUACGGGGCCAGCGGCACACCCUACACCGGCCCAAUGACUCCCUUUGUGCUGGUGGCGGCGGGUCUGGCGUGGAUUGUCACGGUGAUCCUGGUGGUGCUGGGCAUGAGUCUGUAUUAUCGUGCUAUCCUGUUAGACUCCUCCUGGUGGCCUCUCACAGAAUGUGCCAUAAACCUGGCGCUGGGCGUGCUGUACCUGGCGGCCAGCGUGGUGUACGUGCGCGACACAACGCGCGGUGGUAUGUGCAACAUACCAGUGUUCAACAACGGCCUGAACGGGGCCUUCUGCCGCGUGGAGGCGGGACAAAAUGCCGCUAUCGUCUUCUUGUUCAUCACCAUGUUGCUGUACUUCAUUAGCGCCAGCGUGUGCCUCAAACUGUGGCGGCACGAGGCGGCGCGGCUGCGGAGGGAGGCGUACAGUCAGGAGAUGAAAACGAUUGCCUCCUCUGAUCCUCUUUCCAUCUUGGGCGGUGGCUCUCAGCGCUCUGACCCCACUCCUCUCCCCACGGUGCAGCAGCCGGACCUGAUGGACGGCCACGCUGCUGCCCCCACCCUCCUGGAGCCAGAGAUCCUCCGCGGACACAUCCCGGCCGGGCACAUCCCCAAACCCGUGGUGAUCGCAGACUACGUGGCGAAGUAUCCGAGUAUCCACUCAGACGAGGAGAGGGAAAAGUACCGCGCCGUGUUUAACGAUCAGUACGCAGAAUACCAGGAGCUCCACGCGGAGGUGCAGGUCAUGGCCCAGAGGUUUGAGGAGAUGGAUGAGAUGAUGAGGGGCCUACAGAGCUCCAGACCCGGCAGUCAGAUGGAACAGGAGAGAAUCAACGACAUUCUCCGGGAAUACAAGCGAAAGAAAGCCGAUCCAGCGUUUUUGGAGAAGAUGGAUCGCUGCGAAUACUUGAAGAAGAAACUGGCGCAUAUAAAGCAAAAGAUUAGUGAGUACAACAAGUCCACGGGCUGGGAGCAGUGA